UUUCAGUAAGGCAUAAUCUGUGGUACCAACAUGAGAGGGUCCUUCCGUCGUUCACACGGAAACGAACGCUAAUGACCGAUGUUUGUUUUGCUACAAUUAGCAGUAUGCCUGCUGAACGCAAGCGCUCAGUAAACAUGGAUGAGAAAGACGUUUGCUCCUUCAGUAACAAGGAAAAAGAGAAGGACAGAGACGGCGAGAGGAGACCAGCAUCUGCUCGAGAUAAAGCCAAAGAUGAGGCCAAAGUGAGCGGUAAAAAAGACAGUGGCAAGGAGGAAAAGAGAAAGCGCCUAGAGGAGGAGAAGAAGAAGAAAGAGGAAAAGGAGCGAAGGAAGAAAGAGGAGGAGAAACAGAAAGCGGAGGAAGAACAGAAGAAGAAAGAGGAGGAGGUGAAGAGACAGCAGGAGGAGCAGGAGAGGAAGCUUCAAGAGGAGGAGGCUAAAAGACAACGUGAGGAAGAGGCAGCUCUGCUGAAGGAAAAGGAAGAGGGGCAUCAGCUGCACCAGGAGGCCUGGGAGCGCCAUCAUGGCAGGAAGGAACUCCGCAGCAAGAACCAGAACGCCCACGAGGGUCGGCCCGAAGAGGCCUUCUUCAGCCGACUGGACUCCAGCCUUAAAAAGAACACCGCCUUUGUCAAGAAGCUCCGUACGCUUACUGAACAGCAGCGAGACUCGCUCUCCAAUGACUUUUCCUCACUCAACCUCAGCAAGUACAUCGGCGAGGCCGUGAGCUCCGUCGUGGAGGCCAAGCUGAAGAUCUCUGACGUUGGCUGCGCCGUCCAUCUGUGCUCCCUCUUCCACCAGCGGUACGCCGAGUUUGCUCCGUUGCUCUUACAGGCUUGGAAGAAGCACUUUGAAGCGAGGAAGGAAGACAAGGCGCCUAAUGUGAGCAAGCUGCGCACAGACCUGCGCUUCAUUGCCGAGCUCACCAUCGUCGGCCUCUUCACAGACAAAGAGGGCCUUUCGCUCAUUUACGAGCAGCUGAAGAACAUUAUCGGGACCGACCGGGAGACGCACACUCACGUGUCAGUGGUUAUCAGCUUCUGUAAGCACUGUGGUGACGACAUCGCGGGUUUGAUUCCCCGCAAGGUGAAACUGGCCGCUGAGAAGUUUGGUUUGGCCUUCCCUCCGAGCGAGAUCAUCAGCACGGAGAAACAGCAGCCCUUCCAGAACCUGCUGAGGGAGUAUUUCACAUCUCUCACCAAACACCUGAAGAAGGACCACCGAGAGCUGCAGAACAUUGAGAGGCAGAACAGGCGUAUCUUACAUUCCAAAGGGGAGCUGAGUGAGGACAGACACAAGCAGUAUGAGGAGUUUGCUACUUCCUACCAAAAGCUGCUGGCCAACACUCAGUCCCUGGCUGAUCUGCUGGAUGAAAACAUGCCAGACCUGCCUCAGGACAAGACCGUGCAGGAGGAGCACGGCCCUGGCAUCGACAUUUUCACCCCCGGUAAGCCUGGAGAGUACGACCUGGAGGGAGGGAUCUGGGAGGACGAAGACGCUCGAAACUUCUACGAGAACUUGGUGGACCUGAAGGCCUUCGUCCCCGCCAUCCUCUUCAAGGACAACGAGAAGAGCAGCCAGGGCAAAGAUAAGGAUGAAGCCAAAGAUGGCAGAGAAGGGAAGGAGGGAGCCAGCACCACGGAGGAGCUGGAGCUGGAGCUGGAGGCUCUGGACAUCGCAGAUGAACCUCUUGAGAUGGAGGGACCAGAUGAGGUAGAAAACGAAGAACUGGCGAAAAAACUGCUGGAUGAGCAAGAACAAGAGGAUGAGGAGGCCAACACCGGGUCCCACUUGAAGCUGAUCGUAGACGCCUUCAUCCAGCAACUCCCCAACUGUGUCAACAGAGACCUUAUAGACAAGGCUGCCAUGGAUUUCUGCAUGAACAUGAACACCAAAUCCAACAGGAGGAAGCUUGUCCGAGCCCUCUUCACCGUCCCCAGGCAGAGGUUGGAUCUUCUGCCCUUCUACUCUCGCCUGGUGGCGACUCUUCAUCCCUGCAUGUCAGACGUGGCUGAAGACCUCUGCUCCAUGCUGAAGGGAGACUUCAGGUUUCAUAUUCGGAAGAAGGACCAGAUCAACAUCGAAACCAAAAAUAAAACGGUCAGAUUUAUCGGGGAACUGGCCAAGUUCAAGAUGUUCUCGAAAACAGACACACUUCAUUGUCUCAAGAUGCUGCUGUCUGAUUUCACUCAUCACCACAUAGAGAUGGCCUGCACCCUGCUGGAGACCUGUGGCCGCUUCCUCUUCAGAUCCGCUGACUCUCACCUGCGGACCAGCGUCCUGCUGGAGCAAAUGAUGCGUAAAAAGCAGGCACAGCAUCUGGACGCCCGCUACGUGACGAUGGUGGAGAACGCCUACUACUACUGCAACCCGCCGCCCAUGGAGAAGACGGUGAAGAAGAAGAGGCCGCCGCUGCAGGAGUACAUCCGCAAGCUGCUCUACAAAGACCUGUCCAAGGUCACCACCGAGAAGGUGCUCAGGCAGAUGCGUAAGCUUCCCUGGCAGGACCCCGAAGUCAAGAGCUACCUGAUCUGCUGCAUGGUCAACAUCUGGAACGUCAAGUACAACAGCAUCCACUGCGUGGCCAACCUGCUGGCCGGCCUGGUGGCCUACCAGGAGGACGUGGGCAUCCAUGUGGUGGACGGAGUCCUGGAGGACAUCCGCCUGGGCAUGGAGGUCAACCAGCCCAAGUUCAACCAGCGGCGCAUCAGCAGCGCCAAGUUCCUGGGCGAGCUCUACAACUACCGCAUGGUGGAGUCGGCCGUCAUUUUCCGCACCCUCUUCUCCUUCAUCUCCUUCGGGGUCAAUCAGGACGGCAGCCCCAGCCUGUUGGAUCCUCCGGAGCACCUGUUCCGCAUCCGCCUGGUCUGCACCUUACUGGAUACCUGCGGCCAGUACUUUGACCGAGGCUCCAGCAAGAGGAAGCUGGACUGUUUCCUCAUCUAUUUCCAGCGGUACAUCUGGUGGAAAAAGAGCAUCGACGUCUGGACCAAGGACCACCCGUUCCCCAUCGACAUCGACUACAUGAUCAGCGACACUCUGGAGCUGCUCAGGCCCAAGAUGAGACCCAGCUGCUCCCUGGAGGAGGCCACCAAACAGGUCACCGACCUGGAGAAGGAGGUGCUCAUCAAACUAGGUCUGGUCAUGGAGAAGGACGGUCGCUCCAGCGCCAUGAGCGAAGGGGAGGGUCUCGAUGAGGAAGACGACGACGAUGAUGAAGAGGGAGGCGCAGAGACCGAGGAGCAGUCGGGCAACGAGAGCGAAAUGAACGAACAGGAAGAGGAUGAAGGGUCUGAGAACGAAGAAGAGGAGAGGGAGGAAGAGGAAGAAGAGAACACCGACUACCUGACGGACUCCAAUAAAGAAAACGAGACGGACGAGGAGAACAACGAGGUGACGAUCCGCGGCGGUGGACUGAAGCAUGUGGCCUGCGCUGAGGACGAGGACUUCAUUCAGGCUCUGGAUAAGAUGAUGCUGGAGAACCUGCAGCAGCGUAGCGGCGAGGCGGUGAAGGUGCACCAGCUGGACGUGGCCAUUCCUCUGCAGCUGAAGAGUCAGCUGAAGAAAGGAGGAUCGGGACAGCAGUGCAUCGGGGAGGGAGACUCCGACAUCUCUGACACCAUGCAGUUCGUCAUGCUCACACGCAAAGGCAACAAGCAGCAGUAUAAGAUCUUGAACGUGCCGCUGUCGUCCCACCUGGCGGCGAACCACUUUAACCAGCAGCAGGCCGAACAGGAGGAACGCAUGAGGAUGAAGAAACUCACCCUGGACAUCAACGAGAGACAGGAGCAGGAGGACUAUCAGGAGAUGAUGCAGUCCCUGGCUCAGCGCCCGGCCCCGGCCAACACCAACCGGGAGCGCCGGCCUCGCUACCAGCACCCGAAAGGCGCUCCCAACGCCGACCUCAUCUUCAAGACCGGAGGAAGGAGACGCUGAUGGGAGUCUGGCGCUGGGCUGAGCGAGCAAGAGAGAGAAUGAACGAGAGACAAAGAGAGAGAGAGAGAGAGAGUGAGAGAGAGAGAAGAUCGGAGGGGAAACCGGUCUAAACUGGGAACGAGUCCUCCAGACCAGACGCCCACUGAUGCCGGGACAGACCAAACCUCCCCCCCUCCCCCCUCCCCUGACCUGAACACACACACUUACCCUACUGAGGGGCCCGGAGCCCGACGAGGAGAGACACAACCGGGAGCUGGGGGUCAAAGGUCAGGGGUCAGACAGAUGGCUCUCUUUCUUUUUUGUCUGUUGCCUGAGAUGACAAAAAAAAAAAUCAACUGUCUUGACGAGAGAACGAACUACAAAGACGACUAAACACCGACCGGCCGACUGACGGCGAGACGGACAGGAAGGCGGGAUGAACGGAUCUCUUCCCCCCGCCGUCGCACCGAGUCGAGGAAAAAAGUGACUCAUAUUUAGGAGCUAAAAAAAAAAUCUGCGAGUGGACAAAAUUGAACUAGCGAAGGCAUAAUGGAUGUUUUGUUUUUGUAUGUUUGUGUUUUUUGGACGCUGAAAACCGGGAACAGAUCCAGUCCAACUGCACGCCGUCGUCAAGGCAGCUCUGAGACGGAGACGACGGUCGGAGGGGCGGGCGGGACGGCGAGGUUUUAAACACUGGUCGCGUGUUCAUAUCGUAGACUGUUCGCACAACGAUGCAGAGGAAGACGUGACGUUCCGUACACCGAGAGGAAUCAUGUGGUCGAUUUUGAAAAAGCAGCUGAUGGUGUGCGACUCUUGUUCUCGUGGCGUUAUGACGCUGUCGGUUUGUGGGACGUCGCUGCUGUUCUUCUUGCUCAUGGCGCUUUUAAACAGUACGUCACUCAUGUUCCACUGGGACCAUCCACCGCUUUUUAUUUGCGUUUUCAAUUAGUGCGUAAAAAAGUACAAAUAAAGUUUCUACGCUUAGUUGAGGUUACCAAAAAUGAUGGAAACAGACUUUUCUUUGUAAAGGUGUAGCGCUCUGAUCAAUUUUUAUUUAUUACCCGGAUCAUAAAUGUGAGUGCAGAGAACUUCUGGAGAACGGAAACAUCACGUGAUCGAACCUCACGGCUGCGUUCAGCCUUUCUUUAAUGUAAAAGAUGAUCACCAUCCACCUGCUGUCAUCCAUAUUAUCAAUCUGUGUAUAAAGAAACCUGAGUGGAAACACUGGAAAUUCAAAAAAUAGCUGAAAUAUUGCAAAAAAAAGUUUAUAUGCCUGGCUGAGGUGGAAAAGUUGGAGUAUCAACAAAGUGUAAACAGAGUCAGUGAAUAAACAAUAAACUGAAGCCGAAGAGACAAAAACAUCAAGUCUGACUGUAACGUUGCUCAAAUUAAGACAUGAAACAAACAAAUGUCAUAUUUUAUUAUCAUGUUUUCCAUCAUUUGAGCUUUGACUGCUGCUCUUUUAAUGACAUCAUCUCACCUCUUCUUCUUCUUCUUCUUCUGCACCACCAGCUGUUUAUCUCGACGACUGAAUUUCUGAUAUUCAGGCUGUGAAUCUUUUGUAGAUUUUCUUGAAAUUUGCUUUACAUAUGAGUGGAAACUGAGCUAACAUCAUGUAGUGCUUCUCGUUGGGGUGACAAGCAGUUUAUAAGUGAUAUCGUAAUUAUGACCGGAUGGUGCUAAACAGUGGAACAUGAGUGACAGACUGUUGUUGCCACGGUGCUGCAGAACAGCAGCAGCUUCUCAAAAACCAACACACGACACACACACACACGGAAUCAACUGACCUGCAUCUCUGAGCACUGAUGGACACCUGAGUGUAAAUAUUCUUCAUUUUUUUUCCAACUUCUAUCCCGCUAGAUGUUUUAUUUCAAAAUCAGGAGCAUCUAAGAGUUAGUUUUGAAGAUAUUUAGCUUGCUUUGAUUUGGAUUUUGUGUAGUGUAACGUGGUAUCAGCUUUUUUUUUUUUUUUUUU